CAAACACGCAGUCACACACCAUGGCGUCUCACCUGUGUGGAUGUAGGUGUGUUUCUUCAUAUCGGAUUUCUGGUGGAAUCUCUUGCCGCAGUACUGGCAGGGGUACGGCCGUGUGUCCGAGUGGAUCAGCAGUGGUGCCUGGAGACUGUAUCGACGGGUGGUCCAGGGAACCCUCCAGGCUGGACAGGACACGGGACGGCGUGAGAGUGACGUCUGAGAGUCCUUCCCCUCUCCCUAGACUGUUUCAGAGACACCCGCCUCCGAACCAUCCAUACCACCAUGUCCAGGGAACAGCUCAACGUGGGGGACCUGCUUCCUCUGCUGGAGACUUCUGACCUCCGCCAGCUGGAUGAGAUCAAGAGCCUUAUCAAUGAACACCUCAACACAGAUCGAGGGUCCGUUCUCCUGAACGGCUUGGUGGAUUAUUUCCUGGAGACCAACUCCGCCCAGGCAGUGCACAUCCUGUCCUCAGUGAGGGAGCCACACGAUAAGCACCUUUUUGAUAAAAUGAAUGAAUGCAUGGCUAAAGCCCCCUGUCGCCUGCCCACUCUCACUCUACUGGGGCACGUUGUCCGUAAGCAGCCGUCUUGGAUCCACAAGAUCGCUCGCUAUCCGCUGCUGCUAUCUCUCCUCAAAUGCCUCAAGACAGACACAGAUGUUGUGGUUCUGAUAACUGGAGUCCUGGUGCUCAUCACGCUAUUACCCAUGAUUCCCCAAGCUGGCAAGCAGCAUCUCUAUGAAUUUUUUGAUAUCUUCGGCCGUCUGGCUUCUUGGAACCUGAGAAACCUAGGACACGUCCCGGAGGUUUAUCUCAUCCACCUGCAUGCAAGCGUCUACUCCCUCUUCCACCGGCUGUAUGGGAUGUAUCCCUGCAAUUUUGUGUCUUACUUGCGCUCCCAUUACAGCAUGAAGGAGAACAUGGACACUUUUGAGGAGGUGGUCAAGCCCAUGCUUGAACAUGUCAGAAUACAUCCCGAAUUAGUGACCGGAACCAAGGACCAUGAACUAGACCCCAGCCGGUGGAAGAAAUUUGAAAUCCACGAUAUCGUUAUUGAGUGUGCCAAAGUCUCUCUGGACCCGAAGGAGGCGUCCUGCGAAGAGGGCUAUGCCAGCAUGCCUGAGCAUUUCUGUGCUCAUUUACAACAACGUCCAGCUGAUUGCACUGCCAGCCCUUACGGCGACUUCCACAGUAGCUACGGAAGUUCUUCCUCGACUCAUUUCUCCACCCCUCGUCAGCCUGUCGUCCCUCCCUUGGCCCUGUCCUCUUUCUCAGGGACUCAGCCCCCCUAUCGCAGCCCCACUGGAACCCGUCGGCAGAACUCCAGCUGUGAAUUUAAUGCCACAUAUGGCUUCAAGGAUUCCCUCUGGAGCCCCUCCUCCCAGUGUGGCAUGGCCACACCCCCUUCCUCCCGUGGGAUGUCACCGAACCCGGAACUGUCCCAGAGUGCCUCUCACCUACCAACCCGCCUCUACAGCACACCUGGUGGUAAAGGCACCCCGUCCUCUAGCACCCCUGCGGCCACCUCACCUCCUCCUAGCCUCUCCGAUGAGUUUACCCCUGUGUCUCUGCCUCGCAGUACCGCCAGUCCGCCAUGCAAGGAUGGUAGACCUUUAGACUACACCAAACCCGUCUUGGUCAGACAGGAGCCAGUCAGACAGGAGCCAGACAGAGAGCUCGAGAAAACUGGACCUGAAACGAUCAAUCACAGAGAUGGUAGAGGUGAGAACAUGCCCAUGACCCUGACCGAGCUCUCUGUGUACAUGAAGGAGCAAGAACAACUGAGGAUCGAGAAAGAGCGGGAGGACGCUGCCAUCACAGAGGAGCUUCUGAAGUUAACAGAGGAAAAGCGGGAUUUAGCUGGCCUUCGUGGCUUUGACUCUCCAUUCUUCAGCACCACAGAGACCCUGACCGGAGCGCAAGAGAAACCCCUGCCCUCUUCCAUCCUAGGUAGCUCGAUUAGAGACCCUCACAACAUGAUCUCCACACCCGACAAGACCGAGAUCACGCCCGGGGACAGAGGCAGAGUCAGCAGAGGCCCAUCCCAGGAGCAUCCCUGGUCCUUCCAGCCAGUGUUCAUGCCCAUCGAGCACCCAACACACAGCCACCUCCAUCGGAGCCCCUCUGCACCAGAGGACGAGGCCCUUAAAUACAGCUUUUGCUCCCCGAGCCCAAGCAAGCCACCACCCCUGCCGUAUGAGGCUCUGUUUGACCUGGCCCUGCCUCGGGCAGCCUCUCUCUUCGUGGGGAGGAAGACCUCAGAGAUUGUGCAGCGAGUAGCCUUGGAGAGGAUUCAGAGAGGAGACGUGGGCAAGCAAGGGGAGGAGGGGGGAGUUGAGGGGACUGUGUCUGCCUCCCCCUUGGAGGUGCUGGAUCGCCUCGUCCAGCAGGGCGGUGACGCCCAUGACAAAGUGUUAAAGAGAUUGCCCCUGCCAAGCAAGUCAGCUGACUGGACACACUUUGGAGGUUCUGCUCCUCUGGACGAGCUGCACACACUGCGCAGUCAGCUGCUUCUGCUACACAACCAGCUCCUGUACGAGCGCUACAAGCGAGAGCAGCACGCCGUACGCAACCGACGUCUGCUUCGCCGCAUCAUCAAUGCCACCGCGCUCGAGGAGCAGAAUAACGCCAUGAAGGACCAGCUGAACCUGCAAAGUGUGGAUAUCUUGUCUUUGAGAGAGAGCCUGCAGGUCGAGCAGCAGAGAUACCGGCAGCUCUGGGACGACCGAGAGACUGUAGUUACACGGCUGCACAGCCAGAUACGCCAACUACAACAGGCCAGAGAUGACUACUACACCAAAAACCAGGAGUUGCAGAGUAAACUACAGGAAUGCCAGAAGAGAAUAGGUGAGAUGGAGGCGGAGCUUCAGAAGGCGAACAACAAGGUGUGCCACACAGGACACCUGCUGAACCAGCUCACUGCCAAGUUGUCAUCGAGUGAAAGUAUUCAGCAGCAGUUGAGUUUUCUAAAUAAGCAGCUGCUGCUUCUAGGAGAAGCCCAUAAACUGUGUGUUCAGGAGCUGCAUCAGGCCGGACCAGAUACUAGCAAGGAGGUGCAGAUGCUGCAGACAUCCUGGGGGAAGGAGACGGAGCGUCUAAAGCAGAAUCUGUUACUACAGAGCCAAAAGCUAGAUGCUGCUCAGCAGAGAGUGGCAGAGCUGGAGACUCAACUUGCUAAAAAAGAGCACCUAAUUGCAGAACAAAAGAAGUUUCUAGAAGAUGUCAAGGCUCAGGCUAAAGGAGAACUGCAGGCCUCCGAUAGCAGAUAUCAGGCACAGAGGCGGGUAACUCUGGCUCUGCAGACUGAGCUUCUGCAGCUCUACAGCAGGCUGGAAACAGAAGACUCCUCUGCCACUGCUUCAGCUGAGGGCACCACUGAACCCCGCGGUUCCACCGAGCCCAGUGUCAUAGUGGUGGAUGGUGCAGUAAAAACAGCCACCAAAGAAGACGGCAAGUCACCUCAGUCUCCACGUGGCAAUGGCAGCACUUUAUCGCCAGCGCAGCCCAAGGCCAGCUCUUCCCCGGCCAACUCUGUAAACGGCAAUCGAGACACUCCCCCACCUGUCCUAGUGGAACCACCCCCUCACCGUCCUCAUUCCCCGCUGGGACCCCCAGGACCUUUGGUCCCUUCUGACACCCCACUCACUGUAGGCUCCUACCCCAGCACCAAGAGCUUUCUGGGUAUGCGUGCAAGAGAGCUAUUCCGCAACAAAAGCGAGAGUCAGUGCGAUGAGGACGAAGCCCCGCCUCCACGUCUCACUGGCCUAUCACAGGGCCUGAAAACUGAGCUCUGCGUGGAGCCGACAGCGAAGAGUACAUCCAGCUCCACCGCUGCGCAGAGCUUCACGCUCAUCACAUCUGCUAAAGAAACCCAACCUGAUGCUCAGAGAGCCAAAAACCGAGACACGUUCGGCUCAAGAUGCCCAGAGAGGCUCAGGCAGCAACCGUUAAGGAUUAUGGACUAUAACGAAAGUCAUCAGGAGCACAGCUAAAGUUAUGGAAAAAUGGUGAAAGAGAGAGAGGUAGAGGAUGGAGAGAUGUGCGAAUUUAGAUUAUUAGAGCGUAAGGCAAGACUCUUUCAAUUUUCAGUGUUAUCUGUCCCAUUUUUACAAGCCGACAACAGGAUUUGGAGCUAAUAAAUCAGUAAAACCCUCACUAAGAUGGGACAAGUGGAAAGAAUAGACUAAACCGACAUAUAUAGAAGUGGUCACAAAAUGUCUUUUAGUAACCCCACUGCAUUGUUCACCAGAAAUGUCACCGCUGCAUCUUUUAUGUUGUUUUUUGCUAAUUUAUCCGCUCCCUUUAACCAAGUAACUGUCGCAGCACUCGGAAACUUUGCAUUUAGGUCGUUAGAAGCAAUAUAAGUUGAUUCAUUUGUAGUAAUGGUACAAUGCUUACACCCUCACAGCUCACCCGCACAGAGCUGAAGUGUGUGCUCGGAUGCCAGGAGGCGGAUGGUCGGUUGGAUGGUUGUCUUGUGUCAAUCAGGAGUCAGUGUUUCUUUUAGAACCAUCAGGUUUUAUCCAUUCAGACAUGUCAAGUGCAUUUUCAUGUGCUCAAAUCAUGUUUAUCUUUACUAUGUUUGUGUGUGUGUGUGUGUGUGUGUGUGUGUGUGUGUGUGUGCGCGUACGUUUUUGUGACAAAUGAGGAUAUAAAUUUGUAUAAUGACAAGGGUAUGACAGGUAUUACAAGGAGAAGGUGACUUUUCAGGACAGUACCCUAUGUCCCCACUUUUCAAAACGCUUAUAAAUCACACAGAAUGGAGUGUAUUGAAAAUCUGAAAUAGCACAAAGUUUCCUGUAAGGGGUAGGUUUAGGUGUAGGUCAAUAGCACAUACAGUUCGUACAGUAUAAAAACCAUUACGCCUAUGGGAUGUCCCCACUUUUCACAAAAACAAACGUGUGUGUGUGUGUGUGUGUGUGUUGAAAAUGAUGGCCUGUAUCCCAGACUUGAUUCUGGGUUAAAUUGCACUGUAAGUUGUUACUGAUUACGUAAAAACAUCCGUUACAGUCUUGGACUAGACUAAAUCUGGAUCCGAGAAAUGAUACAGCCACAACGAGAGGAAGGUUCGACGUUUUUUUUUUCUUAUUAUUUAUUUUUUGUUCUCUUGUUCUUUUUAGCUUUUCAAGUAUUACCAGUGCUUUUAAAAGUUAUAAAGCAACGCAAACGAACAACGGCCAUAGAUUCUUGAUCAUUACCCACGUCUAGUCAAACCUCUGAAUCCUAUCCUUCAGUAAUCUCUAUAAAACAACGCAAGUAAAAUCUAGAUGAUCUAGUGGCUAUUUUGAAGCCUUGUCCUAAUAAUAAACAAGUCUAAUAAAUAAGUCAGACAUCAGUUAAGUAAUUCGCUUUGACGAUACUAACCUUCAGUCUCAAGCUCAGUCAUCAUAUUCGCUCAAAACUCAGUAGGUAACUGAUAAUAGUAUGGAUGAUUUGUCUUUUACCCUCUCACUUCAGCGCACUUCAAUGGAUAUUAUUAUUAAGUUUGCUUUCUCAGUGCCAAAUACUCAAUAAGACAGUGACAGUAUUCUGUAGAGCUUAAAUGUAAUGGUUUUUGUUCUAUUAUUCAAGCACAUAUAUUCUUAGAAUACCACAUAUCAGUUUGAGGGGGUAAAUAUAAGACUUGAUUUUGUCGAGCUGAAAGUAUGUGGACUGUAGCGAUGAGAGCUGUACAAUGCCAAGUAGACAGUGUAAAAUAUCUCCAAAUUUCUACAAAAUGAUCAUGUUGAUAGUCAGACGUCAUUUAGGAAUUGCGGAAGGGCUGGUCAUACUCAAAUUGUUCCCAAAUCCUGUUGUCCCCUUGAAGUCUCUGCUGUUCCUUCUGCCUUGCUAUCUAGAGCAUGUACAACAAUCCUCUUUUAAUGCCAACAACAGGAACUAUGACUUAACAAGAUACAAGGUACAAUCAGCGUGGAAGGAAAGGAACGUAAGAAUUCGAGCUCCUUUGCUGGAGAUGAAAGUUCUGGGGUUUGUUGGGGGAGGAAAGGCAGGGUCGGUUGGAAAAGGUUCUUAAAGCAGUUGCUUGUGUUAACUGUGAAUGACAAAAAUAAAAUCGUCUUCAAUGUUUUGC